UUUCAGGUUGCGCUUAUCUAAUUCCCAAGAACCUUCUUGAGUUGGUUUAUAGAAAAUUAGAUGGUUUGACAUUGAAAGAUGGUUUGACAUGUGGUGUUAUUUGUUUGUUGAAUUGGUAUGUGGUAGCUAAGAAUAAUAAUAAUAAUAAAAAUAAGGUCAUAAAAUUGAAGGCUCCACCCAAACUUUUGAUGCCCAACUAUAAAAAAGAAAGAGACAAUAAUUUAUGGAAAGUUUAUAGUACAAUAAACUCAUCAUCAGAACAACACAGUACUAAGAAGAAAAAGUACAUUAAAAAAUCUAACUUGUUAUUGCUUCCUUCCUAUAAUAAACCUUUUGCAGGCUCAUCCUUAGGUUGGUUAGCCACACUUGAUAACAAAUUUGCUGUAACACUCCAUAAGCCACAAUCAAAUAAUAAUAAUAAAAGUAUCAUAAUAAUCCUUCCCCCACUAUUUCCUCCAAGAAUGCAUACAAGCAGCCACCCUUAUUGGGCUGAGCAUAUCUAUAGGUUUACAAUAUUUAAACCAAAUCCAAUAUCAAAUCCAAAGGAUUUCAUCAUGGUAGUUAUAUAUGGUAGUUUUUUACAGUUGGCUUAUAUUAGACCUUCUAAACACAAUAAAUGGAUUCGUAUACCUUCAUUAUUUUCAUCAUCAUCAUCAUCGUCUCCUACUCCCUCUAUAGAGACUUUUGAGGAUGUUUUAUACUACAAGGAUACACUUUAUGCCCUUCUUCAUAAAAAUGGUAGGCUUGUUUCUUUUGACAUUACUUACGAUUCAACCACCCAACAAAGCUUAAAAUUACUUGUUGGUCCUUCUAUUCCAAGAGAUAAGAAGUCUUUUUGUUAUAAGAAAUAUCUUGUGGAGUCAUAUAAAGAUCAACUUUUACAAGUUCAAAAGUAUGUCAAAUACAAUAAAGCUGAAAGAGAACAAGUGACCAUAAAAUUUAGAGUUUUCAAAUUGAACAAUGAUCGAUCAAGAUGGGUUGAGGUGGAAGAAUUGGAAGACGAAGCUUUGUUUUUGGGUGAUAAUGAAUCAUUAUCUGUUAAAGUUUCAUCGGCUAAUUCUACAGAAUGCGAUAGUAAUUGCAUAUACUUCCUCCAUGACAAGAAUACUACUGGUAGGUUUGAUGAUGAUGGACCUUUAGAUUCGGGGGUUUACAAUCUUAAAACUCGUUCUUUUGUACGCAGAUUCAACGUUGAUAAGAACCACUUUUCCAAAAUGGGUGGAAGAAUACCCAUUUGGAUUAGUGAAGAUUAAACUUAAUAUAUAUGAGAUUUUGAAACAAUAUUUUAAUUACAAACCACAUAUUUAUUAUUGCUUGGAUAUCACGUAGGGUGUUUUUUUAUUUUUAAUUUAAUAAAAUAUGUUUGUUUAAAUUGUUUUAUUUUUACUCAUUAAUAGUUUAAUAAAAUAUGGGAAAUUUUAAUAUGUCAAACUUCACUAUGAAGAUGAAUAAAGUUUAGAAUUAAUAAUCUUAUUAUGUACAAUUUGUAACUCUUUUCUUUUCAAGUUGCAGAAUAAUGUGGAUUUCUGGUCCUGUAAU